UGGCCAAGACGCCACAGGAUGCAGUGGGUGAAGGUGCUUGGGGGGGUGGUGGGGGCCGCUGCCCUCUUGGGGCUGGGGGUCAUCCUGGGCCACUUUGCUAUCCCAUCAGCCCCCAGUGCCUCAGCCUCCCAGGACCUGGACCUGGAGAUCCUUGAGGCUGUUAUGAAACAGCUAGAUGCCAGCAGGAUCCGGGAGAACCUUAGAGAGCUCUCCAGGGAGCCGCACCUGGCCUCCAGCCCUCGGGAUGAGGCCCUGGUGCAGUUGCUGCUGCAGCGCUGGAGUGACCCAGAGUCAGGCCUGGACUCGGCUAAGGCCUCCACGUAUGAAGUGCUGCUGUCCUUCCCCAGCCAGGAGCAGCCUAACCGUGUAGCCAUUGUGGGUCCCACUGGGGACAUCCUCUACUCCUGUCGCCAGAGUGAAGAGAACCUGACUGGGGAGCAGGGAGGGCCUGAUGUGGUUCCACCCUAUGCUGCCUACGCUCCCCCCGGAACCCCACAGGGCCUCCUUGUCUAUGCCAACCGGGGCUCGGAAGAUGACUUUAAGGAGCUACAGGCUCAAGGCAUUGAACUCAACGGCACCAUUGCCCUGACCCGCUAUGGAGGUGUAGGACGCGGGGCCAAGGCUGUGAACGCUGCCAAGUUCAAGGUGGCUGGGGUACUGGUGUACACAGACCCCGCAGAUAUCAACGAUGGGCGGAGCUUGCCCAAUGAGACCUUCCCACACUCCUGGCACCUGCCUCCCUCAGGGGUGGAGCGAGGCUCCUAUUAUGAGUAUUUUGGGGACCCCCUAACCCCAUACCUUCCAGCCAAUCCUUCCUCCUUCCGUCUGGAUCCUGCCACUGUCCCUGGAUUUCCCCCAAUUCCCAUUCAGCCCAUUGGCUUCCAGGAUGCAAAAGUCCUUCUCUGUAACCUCCAAGGAAACUCAGCCCAGGAUGCCUGGCAAGGAGCACUGGGCUGUGAUUACAAGUUGGGUCCCGGCUUCCAGCCUGAUGGUGUCUUCACAGGCAGCCAGGUGAACGUGAGUGUCUACAACCGCCUGGAACUGCGCAAUUCCUCCAACGUCCUGGGGUUCAUCCGCGGGGCUGUGGAGCCUGACCGCUAUGUGCUGUACGGGAACCACCGGGACAGCUGGGUACACGGGGCCGUGGACCCCAGCAGUGGCACUGCUGUCCUCCUGGAGCUCUCCCGUGUCCUGGGGACCCUGCUGAAGAAGGACACCUGGCGGCCCCGCAGAUCGAUCGUGUUUGCGAGCUGGGGGGCAGAGGAGUUUGGGCUCAUUGGCUCCACAGAAUUCACCGAGGAGUUCUUCAGCAAGCUGCAGGAGCGCACCGUGGCCUACAUCAACGUGGACAUCUCGGUGUUUGCCAACGCGACCCUGAGGGCACAGGGGACGCCCCCGGUCCAGAGCGUCGUCUUCUCAGCAGCCAAACAGAUCCCCUUACCUGGCUCCGGCAGCCUCAGCAUCUACGACAAUUGGAUCCGGUAUUUCAACCGUAGCAGCCCGGUGUACGGCCUGGUCCCUAGCUUGGGCUCUCUGGGUGCUGGCAGCGACUAUGCACCCUUCAUUCACUUCCUGGGCAUCUCCUCCAUGGACAUCGCCUACACCUAUGACAGGAGCAAGACCUCAGCCCGGAUCUAUCCCACCUACCACACAGCCUUCGACACCUUUGGUUACGUGGACAAGUUCCUGGACCCUGGCUUCAGCAGCCACCAGGCUGUGGCCCAGGUGGCAGGGAGCGUGCUUCUCCGGCUCAGUGAUAGCCUCUUCCUGCCUCUCAAUGUCAGUGACUACAGUGAGACACUCCAAAGCUUCCUGCAGGCUGCCCAGCAGCACCUCGGGGCUAUGUUGGAGCAGCAGAGCAUCAGCCUAGGGCCUCUGGUGACUGCAGUGAAGAAGUUCGAAGAGGUGGCCACGGCCUUGGGCCAACACAUAUCAGUGCUGCAGAAGGACACCCCCGACCCGCUGCAGGUCCGGAUGCUCAAUGACCAGCUGAUGCUCUUGGAAAGGACCUUCCUGAACCCUCGAGCCUUCCCAGAGGAACGCUACUACAGCCACGUGCUCUGGGCGCCCCGCACCGGCUCUGUGGCCACAUUCCCAGGCCUGGCCAAUGCCUACGUCAGAGCCAUGAACACAGGACCUGGAUCUGCAGCCUGGGCUGAGGUACAGAGGCAGCUCAGCAUCGUGGUGGCAGCCCUGGAGGGUGCAGCAGCCACCCUGAGGCCUGUGACUGACCUCUGACCCCAGCCCUCCUUCCUCAGCUCUCC